GCCACUCUUCAAUUAAUGAUAUAAGUAAAGGGUUAUAAUAGUGAAGAUAGCUUAUUAUUGCUCUUUCUAAAUUUGCAGUAUCACAUCAAUCAUAUCUAAGGAAUUCUAACAAAAAAUGUUAAGAAGUUUAUGACUUCUUUUGUCAAUUCAUUUCGACUGUUACUCAAAGGAAAUCAAGAAACCUGCUAUAUUACAAUCAUUUUGAGCCCUGCGGAAUUAGUUAAAGCAACAUCUGAUUAAUUUCGUUUUACCUUAAAUUAAGAAAAUACAUUUAUG